AUGACUAAAGAUGUGAAACCUACUCGAAAAGGUAACCAUCCUUCUUCGGUGCCAUCUUAUUCUGACCUACAGGAAGAGAAGGUGAACAAAGCAUUGGGAGGUGCAAUAGAUAAGCUUCUUCACUUGACAAAGAAUAAUGAUUUUGGUGUCUUCAAACGUCGCAAACUAACUCUUGCAAAAACCCAAGUGGACCCAUUCAUAGGAANCUCUGGAACUAUACGGAUCAUGUAUGGUGAAACUUCUUCUCCUGCUAUCUACGAUCUUUUUGCAACGGUGGAAAAGUGUAAACUGGAUCGGUUGCUUGAGUACGUGAAGACUGAUUUGGAAAAUCCAUUCGACAGUAGCCUCGCAGGAGCAGAAUUCUACUUGGACAUGAUGACACCUAAACAUAUGUGGCCAAAAGACAAUUCCAAGUACGGGUGGUUGAAUACGCCGGCAAAAUUACAGUACACUUAA